ACUCACCCAUUAGAGUUCCUAGUAUCUUCAUCAACAUGGUCUAAUAAAUCUCUUCACGAAGAUUUUUUUUUUACCUUAUUCUCUAAACCUUGUGAAUGUGGUUCAGGCCAGAGAAGUUCCAGAAAUUAAAUGACUUACCUCUGUUGGCCAUGGAGUACUGCUCAAGAGGAGACCUACGCAAGGUUCCAAGUGUUGAAUAAACCAGAGAAUUGUUGUGGGCUGAAGGAGUGUGAAGUCCUUUCUCUGCUCAGUGACAUUGGUUCUGGUAUCCAGUAUCUCCAUGAAAAUAAGAUAAUUCACAGAGACCUAAAGCCAGAGAACAUUGUCCUGCAAGAGGUUGAUGGGAAGGUGAACUCCCAUCCUAAAGGCUCCAGAGCUGUUUGAGAGUAAACCCUACACUGUAACUGUGGACGACUGGAGCUUUGGAACAGUGAUCUUUGAAUGCACUUGUGACUUUCGACCCUUUUUGCAAUGCUCGCCUGUAUUCUGAAGAACCUGGGCGUACAAAUGACAGGCCACGUAACUUUCCUGUGAACGGAUUUCAUUUUAAACAGGAAAAGCACACACAGGAUGCAUCUUUGUCAGUUAUAACUCAUCAUUAAA